GGUGUGGGCAGGAAGGACUCCUCCAUAGAUAGGGACAAAAUAAGAAGGCGAUUAUGGGAGCUCGAGAAGGCGCGGACGGCCAUAAGACAGGGCGAUGCUGCUCGUAUUGUUAAUUUCAGACACCCGAGACGGGGCCAGACGUGUUUUGUGGCCGCGAUCGACAAUUCUAUCCCAGGGCAGCACGUGGCCGAACUGACGUAUGACCUGGAUGGAGCUACGGAGUCGUUGCCGUUGAUGACGGUCGCGGAUGCGUUUACCGAAUCUAAGAGUGCAUUGCAUCGCAUCGACAACCUGCAGCGACCCUACAAAGAGUGUAUGGAGCCUUCAGCAGUGAGGGACAAUAGGCAUAACCUGAUCCGGUGGGCGCGUCGAAGCAGACCGAUCACGAAGUCGCAUCGCAGUGCCAUUGCGCUGCAGAACUUUGUGAGGCGAGCCCAGGCUUGCAAGAAGGUGGCUAGAGUCCGAUACGCGUACUGGUGCAACAGUCGCGCGCGACGCGUCGUGCUCUUGCAAACCCUGACGUCUUUCGCGUCGUUGCACACGCCGGCGGCGCGCAAACUUCUGAAAUUGGGCAUGCAACUCAAUGUGGUCGAUUUGCAGGGCGACCUCCCGGACUGGGAGACGAUCGCC